CCUUGUCCGAAUAUAAGUGACCCGAUACCGACUGCCGUACGUGGCUAGGAUUGAAGAUAUCGGUGCGGUUCAGCCUCUCACAGCCAUAAACAGAGCUACGGUGUUUCUUGAAAGAUCAAUAUUGCUUGGGGCAACUGUCGUGGGUCUGUAGGGUGUGAUAUUGCGCCGUGUCCGUGCGAUCGCCCCCGGAGCUCCUCCUCAAUACAAGCGCAGUGACUUUCCAAGCCGAAAGAAUGUCACCCACUCCACCAUCCACUACAUCCUCCAGCGCUGGCGCAUUCUCCCCCGAAGGACACUAUAGGGUGGUUCGAAAGAGGAAUAGAGUGCCUCUUUCCUGCGGACCUUGUCGCCAAAGAAAGCUGAAAUGCAACCGCUCUAACCCGUGUGAAAACUGCGUCAAGCGGGGCGAUGCCCCGUCAUGUAGCUACGCUCAACCGAAUACCCGAAAGAAGAACGUGUCGCAACAGAAUAGCUCGAGCUCUCCAGAUGACAUGCAGAACCGGAUCGACCGAUUGGAGGGCUUGGUGUUGUCGUUGAUGACCAACGGAUCUCAAUCAGCGGGCCCCGCGGCAGCUGUGUCCGCUAUCUCGGGCAGCGGUAGCAGUAUCGGCUCCGCCCAGAAUGGGUCGGAUUUGAAACUGGAAGACGAGAUUCCCGACGCAGAGGAAAGCGAUACCGAACAAGUCACCAAGUCUUUUGGCAUCAUGAAAGUCGACAACCACAACAAGUCUUAUUACGUCAGCGAGGCGCACUGGGCGUCGGUUCUAAGCGAUAUUGCGGAAGUGCGAAACUAUUUCAGCACCCAUAAAAAGCAGUACGAGGAACAAGCGGAAAGGCUCGAUGCCACUCGACUUCCAACCGAUGUUCCCGGCUCUGCUUUACUUUUUGGCGCCACGAAGCCCGCCAGCCGCGCAGAGAUAAUGUCCUCGUUCCCCUCAAAAUACACGACAGAUAUGUUAGUUGCGCGAUAUUUCAAUAGCUACGACCCUUGCACUUUAAUUCUUCAUGGCCCUACUUUUCAGGCGCAGUACAAUAAACACUGGGAAGACCCGUCACAGACAUGUAUCGUUUGGCUUGGCAUGCUAUUGUCAAUCAUGCGAUUAGCCAUGCUCUCGUAUCAUCGCGAAGAGGACGAGCCGCCGGAGUUCCGGGGCAAGUCUCUGGACAUGGCAGGCACGUUCCGGAAUCUCAUGGCGCAAUGUUUGACCCUGGCAGAUUAUACCAAACCGUGGCCAUACUUGAUCGAAGCCCUGAUGUUCCACCUCCAUGGGGACUUCUCCCAGACCAGAGAGGCGGAUGUGUCUGUCUGGGUGCUCGUUGGCGUGGUCGCGAGGCUAGCCAUGAGGAUGGGUUAUCACCGGGACUCAAAGAUGUUUCCCAAUAUCACACCGUUCCAAGGGGAGAUGCGGCGGCGCGUCUGGACAUUGGUACGGGUGUGUGACUUGCUGUUCUCUUUCCAAGUCGGCUUGCCCGGCAUGCUCCGCACGUCCGAUAGUGACACCGAGAUUCCCCAAAACCUAUACGACGACGACUUCGAGGAGGACUGCAAGGCACUUCCGGCCUCGCGCCCACCCAGCGAACCCACCCCGAUCUCCUAUCUCAUUACAAAAUCGCGUCUAGUAUACGUGUUCGGCCGAGUCACCGAGCACAUUUCUUCCCUUGAAAGUGGAUCCUAUGAUAAAGUGAUGGAGAUCGACGCGGAGCUCCGCCGAGCAAGAGACAUGAUUCCCGAGCAUUUGAUGCUCCGUCCGAUGGAAGAAUCCCAGCUUGACCCAGCAAAUCUCAUCAUGUCUCGAUACUCCAUAAUGAGCAUAUACCACAGAGCGCAGUGCGUGCUCCACAGGCCAUACCUUGUUCGCGCGCGCGAGAAUCCCCGCUUCACCUACUCCCGAAGAACAUGCAUCGACUCCGCCAUGGAACUAUUGCGCUUCCAGUCCAUAUUCCAUACCGAAAUGGGCCCCACAGGUCGCUUGCGGGCUCUCCGAAACGGAGUCACCUCAUUCUCUUCGACUGAUUUCCUACUUGCCGCCACCAUCGUUGCUCUCGAUCUUUACCACGGCGAUCGAUUACAAGCCGGGGGUCGAGCCUCCGGCGACACCUGUGCAUGGGGCCGAGAACGUCGAGACGAAAUGAUGGCAGCGCUGCAGCGCUCCAAGGACAUUUGGCAUGAAAGCCGCGAACAGACCAUGGAGGCUUUCAAAGCAGCGGGGGCUCUCGAAGUGAUGCUAGCCCGGCUGAACAUGGGAUUCACCGAUAGCAGUAAUGGAAAGGCGCCAGCCUUUGAGCCGCAGGACGAGAAGCAAAACGCUGCUAUCACGUUAGGCCUACUGAGUAGUGGGAUGAGCCCCAUGAACACAGCGCCCCCGGGCUUCAGCGACGCAUCAGUGAAAAUGACCGACGCGCCGCUGGCAGCACAGGGUUCCUUCGGCGCCCCCGCCGACUUGGGAGGUGCCCCCUCACCCUUUGGCAGCAUGUUUGGCCAGAUGCCUGACAUGGAGCUCAAUCUGGAUUGGGACGCCUGGGACACAUACAUGCAAAACCCGGCGCUCGACUUCUCAGGCCAAUGGUGGCCGGGGCUGGACGCGCAACAACAACAGCUGCAACAGCAGCAGGCGCAAGCGGGUGUGUCUCCGUCCCCAGUCCCAGCGCAGAUUACUCCUGGUGUGGGGGACCGGAUCCGCCCCCUCGCCCGUCACUCCAACCUCUUCUUUCUCGAUAGCAAUAACUACGGUAACGGUCCCCCGAUGCCGGGGUCUUACAAUAACGGCUCUCCACAGCAGCCGAAUCAGGGGGCUCCUGGCCAGGGUGCUCCAUGAGUCCGUUUCCUUUAUUAGUUGGUGUGAAGAGGGUGGAUAACGAAUUUUGAAAGACCC